ACACUCUCCUAACUAGCGCGUUAGCUAUCUAAUCUCUUUAGCUCCUCUGUUUCGAUACCUACAAAGAAACAGCUUUAAAAGGAAUAAAAAUUUAAUUGAUUUUCCUCCGAAAGUUUCCAUCUUUAUGCAAAAAGAGAGAAUCUAAGAUCGAUUCGCUAUAAGGGUAGUAUCCGGUUCCUCACUCGGAGCUCCGGAUCACUCAGAUCUGUUGAAAGUUUCGAUUUUUCUUCGGAAUUGAGAAUCGAAUCACGAGAUGUCGAAGCCUUGGGGUGGAAUCGGCGCUAGUUGGGCCGACGAGGCUGAACGCGCCGACGAAGAGCAGGCUGCCACGGCGGCGGAUGAGCAGAGCUUCCCGAGUUUGAAGGAGGCUGCGACUUCUACCAAGUCUAAGAAGAAAAAGAAGAUGACUUUAUCAGAGUUCACCAAGGGAGCUGGAAGCGGUUCUGUUGGGAUGACGAGGGAGCAGAUGAUUCAGCUUCCCACUGGUCCGAGGCAACGCUCCGAGGACGAAAUGCAGCGUGGUGGUAUUGGCGGUGGGUUCUCUUCUUACGGUGGAGGAAGGUCUGGUGGAAUGUCGAGAGGUGGAGAUGAUUCUAAUGGGUCUUGGGGCGGUGGUGGUGGUGGGAGGAGAGGUUAUGGUGGGUUUGAUGAUGAUCAGAGAGGCUCCUCUAGAGUUUCUGAGUUCCCACAAGUGUCUAGGGCUGAUGAGGUUGAUGAUUGGGGGAAAGGGAAGAAGUCGGUUGCGGCGUUUGAUCAGGGACGUCAAGGUCGUUAUGGUGGUCUUGGAAGCGGUGGUGGUAGUUAUGCAGGAGGAGGUGGUAGUGGUGGCAGUUAUGGAGGAGGAGGUGGUGGCAGUUAUGGUGGUGGAGGUGGUGGCGGUGGCAGUUAUGGAGGAGGAGGUGGCUUGUCUAAAGCUGAUGAGAUUGAUAAUUGGGGAGCAGGUAAAAGCCAUUCGUCUCUGACAAAAUCAUCUACAUUUGGGUCAGGUCCAGAGCCUGACCGUUGGGCAAGAGGAGUCUCUUCAGGUGGUGUUCAAGAGGAGCGUCGUCGUCUUGUUUUGGAGCCAAGAAAAGUUGUUGUUGGUGAUAGUGGAGUGAGUGAGACUCAAACCGAUGUGAAGACGAGUAAGCCGAGUCCAUUCGGAGCAGCUAGACCGAGAGAGCAAGUUUUGGCGGAGAAAGGAUUGGACUGGAAGAAAGUUGACUCUGAUAUUGAGGCUAAGAAGGGAAGCUCUCAAACGAGCGCACACUCAAGCAGGCCAUCAAGUUCUCAGUCUAAUAGGUCUGAGAGUUUAGCGUCGAACAACAAUGUGGAGAAACCGAGACCAAAGGUGAAUCCUUUUGGAGAUGCAAAGCCUCGGGAAGUGUUGUUGGAGGAGCAAGGGAAAGAUUGGCGCAAGAUGGAUUCUGAACUCGAGCAUCGAAGUGUUGACAGGCCUGAGACAGAAGAGGAGAGACUGUUGAAGGAAGAGAUCGAAGAGCUACGGAAGAAGCUCGAGAAGGGAGCAGCCAUCGCACCUGAGAGCAAGGAAACUCAACAAGAAUCAUCAGACAGUGAUAACCAUAAUCUACUACGCGAGAAAGAGAAAGACCUGGAGUUGCUGAUCCGUGAGCUGGACGACAAAGUGAGGUUCAGGCCAAGAGCAGCUGAGAGGCCUGGAUCCGGUGCAGGCAGAACAGGUAGUAACUAUGGUGAGAGACCACAUUCCAGAGGUGGAUCAGUUGAUGAGUCUAGGAGUGUGGAAUCAUCCAUGGAGAGACCGAGAUCGCGUGGCGCAGGUGGUGGUGAUGAUAGAAGAAACUUCCAAGGAAGCAAGGAACGUGGUUUCUUCAGCAACAGGAAGUUCGACAGGUCAUCGACGUCGAGGAAUGGAUGGUAGAAGAAGGAGAAUGGAGUCUGGUUUGCAGACCGUUCCCAGGUUUUGAAGAAGACAGAGAAGAGAAGGUUCAAUAAUAUUUAAUAAAAAGAAAAUUUAUCUCCUUUGAGAAACCUAAUUUUGGAGGUUUUUUUUUUGUUUUUGUAUUUGAUUCAUCUUCUGAAAUAGAAGCCUAAUGGUUUCGUUCUUCUAAUUUCUGUAUUUGUUUGGUUGUUGGCUCUUCAAACGGCAGAGCGCGAGAUUUGUGACAAUUAAUGUGUCUUUCUUAAUUUUGGAGACAGACUGUGUGUUCGGUUCUUCUUUUGUGUUUUGAAACUCUAUUUACCACUUCA